GCGCCCCGCUCCGGCCGGCACCAUGGACAGCGAGGCGUUCCAGAGCGCGCGGGACCUCCUGGACCUGAACUUCCAGUCUCUGGCCAUGAAGCACAUGGACCGAAGCAGAUGGAGCGGACACGGCGGCAGCCAAGGUGGACGACUGCCAAGCAGUUGGGAGUCGCUGUGGUCAGACUCCGCGGGCCCUCUGUGCUCGCAGGCCGGAGGCCCCCCUAGGGCCUCCCCACAGCUGUCCCGGUACAGCUCCAGCCCGGUCCUUGACCCCUUCGGCAGCCGCGGGUCCCCCCGAAAGACGACCACCGACGGCGCAGACACCUCGUUCGGACGCUCCGAGAGCGCCCCGACUCUGCACUACAGCCCGCUGUCCCCUAAGGGCCGGCCGUCGUCCCCGCGCACCCCGCUCUACCUGCAGCCGGACGCCUACGGCACCCUGGACCGCGCGCCCUCGCCCCGGCAGCGCGCCUUCGAUGGCGCGGGCAGCUCCCUCGGCCGCGCGCCCUCUCCGCGGCCCGGCGGGGGCCCGCUGCGCCAGCAGGGUCCCCCCGCGCCCUUCGACUUCCUGGGCCGCGCUGGUUCCCCCCGUGGCAGCCCCCUGGCCGAGGGGCCCCAGGCCUUCUUCCCCGAGCGGGGUCCCUCGCCGCGCCCCUCGCUCUCGGGCUACGACGGGCCGGCGGCCUUCGGGGGCCCCCUGCUGGGCGCGGGCGGCAGCGCCUUCGCCCCGCCUCUGCGCGCGCAAGACGACCUGACGCUGCGCCGACGGCCCCCCAAAGCCUGGAACGAGUCUGACCUGGACGUGGCUUACGAGAAGAAGUCUUCGCAGUCAGGGACUUAUGAACGCUUGGAUGUCUUUGCGCGGCCCUCCUCGCCGGGCCCGCAGCUGUUGCCCUGGAGAGAAAGCAGCCUGGACGGGCUGGGGGCCUCCAGCAAGGACAACCUCACCAGCGCCACCCUGCCUCGCAAUUACAAGGUCUCCCCUCUGGCCAACGACAGGCGUUCCGAUGUGGGCAGCUACCGCCGAUCGCUGGGCUCAGCGGGGCCAUCAGGCACUUUGCCCCGCAGCUGGCAGCCUGUCAGCCGCAUCCCCAUGCCUCCGUCCAGCCCCCAGCCCCGCGCGGCCCCUCGCCAGCGCCCCAUCCCCCUCAGCAUGAUAUUCAAGCUGCAGAACGCCUUCUGGGAGCAUGGGGCCAGCAGGGCCAUGCUCCCUGGCUCCCCCAUCUUCUCCAGAGCUCCCCCGCCCAAGCUCCCUCCCCAGCCCCAGGCGCCCCCCCAGCCCCAGCUACCCCCCCAAUCUCAGCCCCAACCACAACCUCAGCCUCAGUCCCAGCCUCAACCCCCUGCCUCAGCCCCCCAGCCCUCCCAACAGACCUGGUCCCCUUUGAGCGAAGGCACCCCCAAACCACCCUCUGAGCUGGAGCCUGAGCCAGAGCUGGAGGGGCUGCUGACGCCAGUGCUGGAGGCUGGCGAUGCAGAUGAAGGCGCUGUAACUCGGCCCCUCAGCCCCACACGGCUGCAGCCAGCGCUGCCGCCUGAGGCACAGUCGGUGCCUGAGCUGGAGGAGGUGGCACGGGUGCUGGCGGAGAUUCCACGGCCCCUCAAACGCAGGGGCUCCAUGGAGCAGAGCCCUGCUGUAGCCCUGCCUCCCACCCACAAGAAGCAAUACCAGCAGAUCAUUAACCGCCUCUUCCAUCGGCACGGCGGGCCUGGGGGGCCUGAGCCCGAGCUGUCCCCCAUCACUGAGGGAUCUGAGGCCAGGGCGGGGCCCCCUGCUCCUGCCCCACCAGCUCCCAUACCACCCCCGGCCCCGCCCCAGAGCAGCCCACCAGAGCAGCCGCAGAGCAUGGAGAUGCGCUCCGUGCUGCGGAAGGUGGGCUCCCCGCGCAAGGCCCGCCGCGCGCGCCUCAACCCUCUGGUGCUGCUGCUGGACGCGGCGCUGACCGGGGAGCUGGAGGUGGUGCAGCAGGCGGUGAAGGAGAUGAACGACCCGAGCCAGCCCAACGAGGAGGGCAUCACCGCCCUGCACAACGCCAUCUGCGGCGCCAACUACCCCAUCGUGGACUUCCUCAUCGCGGCCGGCGCCAACGUCAACUCCCCCGACAGCCACGGCUGGACACCGUUGCACUGCGCGGCGUCGUGCAACGACACGGCCAUCUGCACGGCGCUGGUGCAGCACGGCGCGGCGAUCUUCGCCACCACCAUAAGCGACGGCGCCACCGCCAUCGAGAAGUGCGACCCCUACCGCGAGGGUUACGCGGACUGCGCCACUUACCUGGCAGACGUGGAGCAGAGCAUGGGGCUGAUGCACAACGGCGUGGUGUACGCGCUCUGGGACUACAGCGCCGAGUUCGGGGACGAGCUGUCCUUCCGCGAGGGCGAGUCGGUCACCGUGCUGCGGAGGGACGGGCCGGAGGAGACAGACUGGUGGUGGGCCGCGCUGCACGGCCAGGAGGGCUAUGUGCCCCGUAACUACUUCGGGCUCUUCCCCAGGGUGAAGCCUCAGAGGAAUAAGGUGUAGCUGGGAGAGGAUGUUUCCCAGGGAGACUGGAGGAAGCUGCCCGCCUUGGCUCCACACCUCCCUCUCCGUGACUGCCGCAUCUCCCCGGCCCCAAGGCCUGCAGGGGUGGGGUCCUUGCUGCCAGCUCUCUGCUUCCCUGGAACCCCCCGGGGGGAGAAGCCCCAGCCUUAAGUUUAGAAACCUGCCUUAGCGGUGGGAGGUUGUGGUGGGAAUCACUGGGGGCAAGAGAGGACCCCACACACCCAUUUGCCAAAUCAGAUCCGGUCCAAAGUGCCACCCACUCCUACUGGCAACCCCUCCCCCUCCCUCACAGCAAGCCAACCCACCAUCCCACCCUGGGAUGGUCACCUCCACUGGAUUUCCCCGGGAGUCACCUCCACCCCCAUCUCUCCCAGCAGCCUCUGGGGCAGGGGAGGCACAUUGGUCUCUCCCAAGGUCCCAGCCCCACCUCCCCCCAUCAAGUGCCUUCACACAGCACUGGUCUUAUACCAAAAUGGGGAAGUUUUUCUUUAUAAAUAAAGGUAGUUUGCACAGAAA